GAGUACUCCGUCCAUGGGAUUCGCAAGCACCAUUCGCAGUUUCAGGGGCAGAGGUAUUAGAUGUUAUUAUUUUAAGCUGCCGGAAAAUGCGAGUUUUUCUGCGUUAUUUUGUAUAUCUGCUGCUGAUGUUGUCGCCUGCAUUGGUACAAGGCCAAGGUCAUGUGUUGGAUAAGCCCGUAACGGAGCUGUGUCUCACCUGCAUUUGUGAGGCCAUCAGUGGCUGCAACGCCACGGCGAUUUGCACCAGCCCGGAAAAGGGGGCAUGCGGCAUAUUCCGCAUCACCUGGGGAUAUUGGGUGGAUGCAGGGAAACUGACAGUCAAUGGAGAGCAUCCCGAUUCGGAGAAGGCCUUCAUCAACUGCGCCAAUGAUCCGCACUGCGCCGCCGACUUGGUGCAAAACUACAUGAAGAAGUUCAAUCAGGACUGCAACGAUGACGGCGAGAUGGAUUGCCAUGAUUAUGCGCGAAUCCAUAAACUGGGCGCCUACGGCUGUCAGGCGGACAUGCCAUACAAUUUCCAAAGUGUGUUCGAGGAGUGCAUCGAGAAGUACGAGGAUGAGGGAUUUCAGUAA